AUGUCGUCGGGGCUGGGAGAUGACGCCCACCUCCCGGCGACACGCGUUUUGCGCCCUCGGACGAGAGCGUCGUCGGUAGUAUCAUCCCAGGAGGAACGGAUGACGCGUAAACCGACAGAAACGUCCAUUGAAUGUUCGCUGGGGGAGGAGAACAUGUGCAUCUCCAGCGAGGAUGAAGAGUGUUUGGACGAUUUGAACACGACGGUCGUCCCCAGGGUAAUCGUGGAGAGGCUUCAGCUGCCCAGGGAUGAGAAGGAGCCUGCAUCGUCGGACACAGUAGCGGCACUGCUGCGGCAACUGAAGAGCCGCGACGAGCAGGUGGCAGUUAUGCAGGCGAACCUCGACCGUCUGUCUUCGCAAAUUGCGCAGCUCAUAGGAGAGCUAUCCAGCACGCGCAAGGAGCUGGAGCUGUACCGACAGGGUACGCAGACGGUUGCGUCGAUGCAGUCGGUGGAAGGCAGUAGCGCUCGUGGCUACUACGCUGCCAUCACCAACGAGCAGCGGACGUAUGCCGAAGUGGUGGGCAGCAGCUCGAGGGUGCGCCAGCAGCGCAAGCGUGGGAAGUGCGGAGGAAACGCGCGGCCAUCACAGCAGCAGCAGCAGCCACGUCAGCAGCAGCCCCGGCAGCAAUGGCCUGCAUUGCAGCAGCAGCAGCAGCCGCGACAGCAGCAGCAGCCACGACAGCAACAGGCCACCUGA